UUUCAGGGGUAGGCUGUAAUAAAAACCGAUGUUGCGUACUGAAAGUGUGCAAUUGCCUAUUUCAUACUCGACGUUUAAAAUAAACCACAAAUUUGCAGAAAUAAUGGAGGCAACAACAGCAUUUAUUAUCAUCAUAGCUACAUUGGCUGUACUGUACUUUCGUCACUACAAGAAGCACAUUGCUUGUCGGCGGUACUGCAGGAGUAACGCUAGCUUGGAAGGAAAAACGGUCGUUGUUACAGGGGGCAAUUCGGGUAUCGGCAAAGUGACGGCCUUGGACUUGGCCCGGCGAGGCGCCCGCGUCAUCCUCGCCUGUCGCAAUCUGCAGAAGGCCGAGGACGCCGCCAAGGAGAUCAAGACGCGGACGGGCAACUCGGAGGUUGUGGUGCGCCACCUGGAUCUAGCUAGCCUGCAGUCUGUCAGGGAGUUUGCAAACAAAAUCAUCGAAAGCGAGGACAGACUGGAUAUUUUGAUCAACAAUGCAGGUGUUCCAGAUGUCGGACACGCGGAUCUUGUUACCAAGGACAACUUUCACUCCGUCUUCGGCAUCAACCACUUCGGCCACUUUCUCUUGACCAAUCUUCUCCUGGACUUGCUGAAGAAGAGCGCCCCCAGCCGAGUGAUUAACAUCGCGUCGAUAGCGCACAAAUAUGUGAAUUCUCCUAUCGACUUGACAAAAGAACAUCCCAGCGGGAAAAGUCCAGUUUUGUACCCGCACCUCAAGAACUACUUUCAGAGCAAACUGGCCAACAUCCUGUUCGGUCGUGAGCUGGCGAGGCGUCUGGAGUCCACGGGCGUCACCUCCGUCUCCAUCCACCCUGGUGUUGUCUUCAGUUCGUGGUGGUUAAACAUGAAGGUCAACUGGGUCAGGGCUCUGACCUAUUACAUUCAGUGGCCAUUUAUGUGGUUGCUGUUCAUAGACGAGGAGGCAGGAGCCCAGACCACACUCCAUUGCGCACUGGACGAGUCGGUGUCCCAGCUUCCGGGGCGAUACUUUGCCAACUGCGCCGCCGUGCAACCGUCUGAGCUGGCCCGGGAUGAUGAGAUGGCGCGAAGACUGUGGGAUGUCAGCUGUCAGGCCACGGGACUUCACUAGAAAAUUAACAUGAAUGGAAUAAAUUGCUUUGAAAUAUAACACAAUGACUCAUAUACAUGUGAUUAUUAUAGUCAAGGCGAUACUUAAAAAUAAUUGUUACAAGAAGAGGCAUUUUGAGUAGAAGUUGGUAACCUAGCUAUUCUACCUACUUUU